UCGGCACGGGAUUUUAGAAAGUGUUAUGUGGUGAAAUAAAGAUAGAAUAAAAUAGAAGAAAGAAAAAAGUAGAGAGACUAAAGUGUUGGUUUUGCCAAAAAAUUAAAUGCGCGUGGGCUUAUGCCCUCUAAUCCCUUUCUACAAAAAUAAGCGGAUGUGCUAAAGUAACUUUUAUUUGGAUGUUGGAGAAGGAUAAAAGAGAUUAAUUGAGAACAAAUGACGUUUCUAGAUUUGCUACAUUAUUGGAUUCUUCAUGCUAAGCUUCUCUUCUUCGAGGAUUUUUUAUAUACGUUCAUCUGCACAUUGGUUAUGAAAUCCUGAAUCAGAAUGCCUCAGCUGCAAAGGCAGCCUUCCAUCAUGCUUUUUCUGUCAUGAGUAAAAUAGACCAGAAGUACAGUGUAGUUCUUCCAGAGAGAUUGCAAACGGGUAAAUGGAAUGUGUACAGAUCCGCCCGUUCUCCAUUGAAGCGUGUUGAUAGAUUCCCUGAUCAUCCAGAGAUUGGCUCGUUGCAUGAUAUUUUUGUACACUCUGUUGAAAGUUUCCAAGACUACAAAUAUUUGGGUACACGCAUACGGAUAGAUGGGACUGUUGGAGAUUACAAGUGGAUGACAUAUGGAGAGGCAGGUACUGCUCGAUCAGCAAUAGGUUCAGGACUUUGGCAUCAUAGAUUACAACCAGGAGCCUGUGUUGGACUUUAUUUUAUCAAUAGGCCAGAAUGGAUGAUUGUGGAUCACGCCUGCUCAGCAUUUUCGUACAUAUCAGUUCCUUUAUAUGACACCCUUGGUCCUGAUGCUGUUAAGUAUAUUGUGAAUCAUGCUGAGAUACAGGCCAUUUUCUGUGUGCCAAGUACCUUAAACACUCUACUAAGCUUCCUGUCCGAGAUUCCUUCUGUACGUGUAAUAGUGGUAGUUGGAGGGGUAGAUGAACAUCUACCAUCUCUACCCUCUGCUACAGGAGUCAAGCUUGUUUCAUACACAAUGCUACUUAGUCAGGGUAGCAGUAACAUGCGUCCAUUUUGCCCUCCCAGAUCUGAAGAUGUAGCCACUAUAUGCUAUACGAGUGGUACCACUGGGACACCAAAGGGAGUUGUUCUAUCGCAUGGAAACUUGAUAUCAAGUGCUGCUGGCAUGACCCUUUCAAUCAAAUUUUAUUCCUCGGAUAUUUACAUAUCUUAUCUUCCCUUGGCACACAUCUAUGAACGAGCUAAUCAAAUCAUGUCAGCAUAUUAUGGAGUUGCCGUUGGCUUCUAUCAGGGGGAUAACUUGAAAUUGAUGGAUGACUUAGCUGCUCUAAGGCCCACUAUAUUUUCCAGUGUUCCUCGUCUAUACAACAGAAUAUAUGCUGGAAUAACUAAUGCUGUUAAGUCUUCUGGUGUGCUGAAAGAGAGGUUAUUUAAUGCAGCCUACAAUUCCAAGAGACAGGCUGUAAUGAAUGGUCGAAAGCCAUCACCUAUGUGGGAUAGUCUGGUGUUCAAUAAGAUAAAGGAUAAACUUGGUGGCCGCGUUCGUUACUUGACUUCAGGUGCUUCCCCGCUGUCUCCUGAUGUGAUGGAGUUCUUGAGGGUGUGCUUUGGCUGCCCAGUGAUUGAAGGAUAUGGCAUGACAGAAACUUCAUGUGUCAUCAGCACUAUGGAUGAGGAUGACAACCUAACUGGUCAUGUUGGGUCUCCCAACCCUGCAUGUGAAAUAAAGCUAGUUGAUGUUCCCGAAAUGAGUUAUACCUCGGAGGAUCAACCUCAUCCUCGUGGGGAGAUCUGUGUCAGAGGACAUAUCAUUUUCCAAGGCUACUAUAAAGAUGAAGUUCAGACGAGAGAAGUGGUUGAUGAUGAAGGUUGGCUGCAUACAGGAGAUAUUGGACUAUGGCUACCAGGUGGGCGUCUCAAGAUUAUUGAUAGAAAAAAGAAUAUUUUCAAGCUGGCGCAGGGCGAAUACAUAGCACCUGAGAAAAUUGAGAAUGUGUAUGCAAAAUGUAAAUUUGUUGCACAAUGCUUUGUGUACGGUGAUAGCUUGAACUCCUAUUUAGUUGCUGUGAUCUGUGUGGAUCCUGAUGUGUUAAAGGAGUGGGCGGCAUCAGAAAAUAUCAAGUAUGAAGAUCUAGGACAACUUUGUGCUGAUCCAAGAGCAAAGGCUGCUGUACUUGAUGACAUGGAUGCUGUCGGAAGAGAAGCUCAGCUGAGGGGUUUUGAAUUUGUGAAAGCCAUAACCUUAGUGCCCGAACCGUUCACUUUGGAGAAUGGCUUGUUGACUCCAACAUUUAAGGUAAAACGCCCUCAAGCAAAAGAGUAUUUCGCGCAAGCAAUAGCUCGCAUGUACACGGAGCUUUCGACAUCUGAUCCAACCGGUGCUCCACAAAAAAUGUUCUGAUAGUCUCAGUUUCACACAACCCUUGGGUUACAAUACAUCUUAAUGCCAAACUAUACUAAUAUCCAAUAAUUCGGAACUCCAUCAUCCAAUCUCUCAGUCUCUAAAAUAUCCAUUAUGCUUUGUGGAGGGCUUUCAUCUAUAUAAUAAGUUGGUUUUGGUCUGUCGGUAUUGCUCUUCAUUUGUGAAUGUAUUAUUGGACUCCAAAUUCAUAUCUAAUUAAGACACGAAUGGAAGAAUUUACUGAUUAUUA